AUGGCGACCUCGUACAGGCCAAUCCAGCCCGCCCUUUCGAAAGGUGGAACCUUUCUUAAGGGGCUGCAAGCUCGCGUCGGACCAAAAAGAACUGGCAUGAUCAAAUCGGCUUGCUGGGAGUGUCGAAAACGGAAGGCCAAGUGCAACGGACUCAAGCCAACAUGUGCAAACUGUGAAAAGUCAGACGCAGAAUGCAUAUACGACUCGGAUAUUCGCGAUGCAAGAGUCAGAAAUCUCCAGAGGGCCAACCAGAGACUCGAAGCAGAGUUGGAGGCUGCGAAGACGCUUCUGAAACAGGUAGCUUCUGGAUCUGAUCAAAUAAGAAGCAUCGUGUUGGAGCUUUUACAGAACGCUAAAGAACCACUGGAGAUACUAGAAAUGCUAAACAACAACGGAGGCAUUGAUUCUACCAUGGAAAACUCACAAGUUCCUCAUGUGAUGACCGCUCCGUAUUUGCCGAUAGAGGGUGUUGUACCUGAUGCAGAUCCCUGCAGUACAUCCGACUCGAAAUUGGCUGAACGUGGGUAUUCUUUGACGGCGACUACAGCACUCUAUCAAUCACAGCUAGAUAUUCCGGCAGUUCCUACAAAGUUAGUAAAAGAUGGCCCGGCAAGUCUCCAACCACCACAAGUUCUACAGUCUCAGCCUCAGGCAAUCAUUGCACCAUCACACAAUACCAUAGCAGGAUCCUCUUACCCAAUCCUAUUGGCGAAUAAUCCUAGAGAGAUCUCACACCAGUCAGGGACACAAAGCCUAUUCUUCGAACCAUUGUUCGAGCACGCCGACUUCUUACUCACGACAGCUUAUGACAUACCAGGACGAAGUCCCCAUAGCGCUCAACACAUCAUAACACGCCAUAUCGAUCCGCAGUCUCAACUGGUCCAUGAUGGGCCGACUCUUUCAGUACCGACCGAUAUAUCACAUGUGGACAACUAUGCUUUGCCCCAGUCUGAUGUUCAAGCAAAUACCCAAGAAGCGAUGUCCUCAUCGCUCGGCGUCCAACCAAACUUCCGAAAUCACUUCAACAACCUGUCACUCUCAAGUAGUAUCCGAGCGAACGGGUACCCUCGAAAGAUCCAGGACGCGCAAAUACGCAACAUCUUCGUCCCUGACUGGGCUGCCACCUCACUCAAUACCAUACCAGACCCGGGACAUCUCGAAGAUGCGUUUGCGGACAUUUACAAACUAGCGACCAGCCUUCUGGAGAGUGGAGAACCAGUGCAUCGCAUUGUUGGUCAUCAUCCCAAUCUUGCAGCGCUAUAUGAUCAACAAGAGUUUGAUAGAUCGUGUCUUUUGUCGCAGUGGGCGGCGAGAAUGGUGCAUAGUGUCAAGCGUCAAGGGUACGAUUUUACUUGCUUUGCAUCCAUGAACGUAUUCUGGUAUAUGAUGCGAUGGAUGGUCUACCCUUCACCAGAGUCAUAUGCCGCCAUGCCAGAAUGGAUUAGACCAAUGUCAAGCCAGCUUUUCACCCCUCACAUCAGCAUGGCUGAUUUUGUGCUCUGGCCAGGGUUUCGUGAACUCGUUGUGCAACUACCGCAGCUUCAAGAACGCAUGGCAUGGCUCGCAGACAUGUCGUUAUAUAUCAAUUGCGAAUGGCCUUAUCCGCUUGAACAGGCGUUGCAUAGGGACCCUGUCUCUGGGGAUACAGAUCUUGUGGAUCUUGCAAAGGUGACUGUAACUGUUUCUACUCAUGAAUGA